AUGGCCAGUCUCAGAUUCUCUUUGGCAUUCACUUCAGUUCUGGUCCUUUCCGCAGCUUGUUCUAUCGGCACGUGUCUGAAGCUCGGGGAGAUUUGUUCAUCUGAUGAGGAAUGCGACGCCGGAUUAAGUUGUGUUCCUUGUGGCCUCCAAGCUCCAAAAUGCGUUAGAUCGAACUUCACCGAUCAGUUUGCGAUAGUGAAUAAUUCGCUGCCGUUUAAUAAAUAUGCAUUCUUGACAACCCAUAAUUCAUUCGCUAUAGAGGGAAAGCCGUUCCAUAUGGCAAAUCAAGAAGAUAGCAUCACGCAACAACUGAAUAAUGGAGUUCGAGCGUUAAUGAUGGAUACAUACGAUUUCAAAGGGGAAGUGUGGUUGUGCCAUUCGUUCGGAGGGAAUUGCUAUGACUUGACCGCAUUUAAUCCGGCAAUUGAUACAUUCAAGGAGAUAUCCGCAUUCUUAGCAGCAAAUCCGUCGGAGAUCAUAACGGUGUUUCUCGAGGAUUACGUCAAAACCCCAAACGCUUUAAUCAAAGUCUUUACCGACUCCGGUUUGAAGAAAUUCUGGUUUCCGGUUCAGAACAUGCCUCGACCAGGCCAAGAUUGGCCAACGGUUAAGGAUAUGGUUUCCAAUAACCAAAGAUUAAUCGUCUUCACAUCAUCCAAGUCCAAGGAACAAAGCGAAGGAAUAGCGUACCAAUGGAAUUACGUGGUCGAAAACCAAUAUGGGGACGAUGGUGAGAAGAGGAACGAGUGUAGAAAUAGAGGCGAAUCGGCGCCGUUAACCGAUAAAACCAAAUCAUUGGUUUUGGUGAACCAUUUCAAGUCAUUUCCGGUUAAGGCCUUGUCUUGUGGGGAUAAUUCCGAAGGCCUUCUCGAUGUGAUUCAAACAUGUUACAAUGCCGCCGGGAACCGAUGGGCCAAUUUCGUCGCUGUGGAUUUUUACAAGGUGAGUGAUGGAGCAGGAGUUUUCCGAGCUUUGGAUAAACUGAACGGAGAGAUUCUCUGUGGAGGUGAAGAUGUGCAUUUGUGUACAUAACCACCAUGUACAUUUCGAAUCCCGGUUCGCUUCGAUUCGUUUAUAUUUUCAUUCGGUUUAGAUUCUAUUUCCAUUCAGAUAUCAAUAAAAUGUUCAUUUAAAAAAAA